CAACGUUAUUACGCUGAAAAUCCAGGCCCAAUUUCCAGAGCUGCCAAGCAUAAAAGGGGCCUUCUCUGUGAGCCAUUUGAAAUCAGAACAGAACACAAUUAAAGGAAAACAAAAAAAAUCAGAAUAAUACUGUUUACUUGAAUAAAAUCUCUGCACCAAUAAUGGGGUUUUCCAUUGUGCUUCGGAUGCUGUUGUGUUUUGCCAGUUUCCAUUUUGCUUUUGGCAUCAGAGAUGGGCUAUUGGACAACGGCAAUUUCGAGCUGGGCCCGAAGGCCUCGGACCUGAACAAGACCAUCCUUCUCAGGCCCGACGCCAUACCCAAGUGGCAGACUUCGGGCUUUGUUGAGUACAUAAAAGCGGGCCAAAAGCAGGGGGACAUGCUAUUGAUUGUCCCGGAAGGUUAUGCAGCUGUUAGGCUAGGAAAUGAGGCCUCAAUCAAGCAAAAUGUACAAUUGACCAAAGGGAUGUACUACUCGUUGACUUUUAGUGCGGCCCGAACUUGCGCCCAAGAGGAGAGGGUUAAUGUGUCGGUAGCCCCAGAUUUUGGGGUUCUCCCGAUCCAGACGCUUUAUAGCAGCAGUGGCUGGGACUCGUACGCUUGGGCCUUUCGGGCCGUUUAUGAUGUGGCUGAGAUUGUUAUUCAUAAUCCUGGUGUGGAGGAGGACCCUGCUUGCGGCCCACUUAUUGAUUCGGUUGCUAUUCGGGCUUUGUAUCCUCCAAAGCCCACUAGCGACAACCUUUUGAAAAACGGAGACUUUGAAGAAGGAGCCUACAUCUUACCGAACACAACCUGGGGAGUCCUAAUCCCACCAAACAUCGAGGACGACAACUCGCCCCUGCCAGCCUGGAUGGUCGAGUCCUUAAAGGCGGUGAAAUACAUCGACUCGGCCCACUUCACAGUCCCACACGGGCUUCGGGCCAUCGAGCUGGUCGGGGGCAAGGAGAGUGCGGUGGCCCAAUUGGCCCGUACAGUGGCGGGCCGAACCUACCGGCUGACGUUUGCAGUUGGGGACGCCAGCAAUGCGUGCCAAGGGUCGAUGGUGGUGGAGGCCUUUGCUGGCCGAGACACUGUGAAGGUACCGUACGAGUCGAGGGGCAAAGGAGGGUACAAACGGGCCGUGCUGCAGUUUGUGGCCCCCACGAACCGGACUCGGGUCAUGUUCCUCAGCACUUACUACCAUAUGAGGAGUGAUGACCUGGCGUCGCUGUGUGGGCCCGUGGUGGAUGAUGUGAGGCUGUUGAGCGUUCGUAGGCCAAGGCGGAUGGCGUGAAGGUGGUGAAAAGAGAGUUGUGAUGAGCUGUUGGAGUUUGCUCGGUGCUGCUGCUUUUGCGUAUACUCUCGGUUAUAUCAAAUUAAUUAUGUUGUGAUCGAUAGUAUAUGUAGAGACAAGUGUGUGGUUUUUAGUUUCCAGUGGAGUCUCGUUCUCAUUUUGUUGAGAGACUCAUAAAUGGCACGAUUAAUAUAUAUCCAUAGGCUUCUGUUGUCACCUCGUUUGUUUUCACAUAACAGAUUAUAUUGAUGAAAGGACAAAUUAUUAACCAAUAAGUACACAAACUUAGCUCUAAA